AGCUGCAACAAAGGCAGUUUUUAUGUUACAAUUAGUGUACCAAUUUGAUAAUUUUGUAAUUCAGCUUGUUAUUGUGAGAUAAGAGAAUGUAAACAACUAGUGAAAUACAAUUAAUAAAGAUUCAUCAGUUGUGUGUUGAGCAUUAAGAAAACAUGAGUGGGAUAAUUUUAGAGGGUCCCCCUGACAAGAAUUUUAUUCCCGAAAAAUCAAUGGGUGUGAUAUUUUACGAAGGAAUCAAAAAGUGGGAUUCUAACAGAAUAUCUAUUACUGACACAGAUAAUGUACAAAUCACUUACGGCAAACUCCUACAAUUGUCGGUUCUAUUGGCGAAACAACUGAAAAAUUUUGGCAUAAAGAAAAAUGAUGUCAUAACAAUAAUAUCACAUAAUCACUGGAAAUAUCUAGUCACAACUCUUGCUGGUUUUUAUGUUGGAGCAACAGUCAACCCACUUAAUUAUGAUUAUACUUCUGGCGAACUGAAACACUUUUUGUCAAUUUCGAAGCCCGUACUUGUCUUCUGUACAUCAAAAACUAUAGGAAAUAUACUUCCGUUAAAAGAAGAAUCUUUUUAUCCUACAAAACUUAUAAACUAUGACAAAAAAACACUUUAUGAAGCAACAAAUUUUAACGACUUCUUAGAAAAUGUGGAUGAAAAUGAAUCCUUCACGCCCAUUGAAGUCAGCCCAAAAGAAGAUGUCGCACUUAUUUUAACCUCCUCAGGAACAACUGGACUACCAAAAUGCGUUCAACUAACCCAUUUCAAUUUUCGCACCACCAUGAUAUGCUCUGGAGACCCUGACUUUCUAGGUCUUAAUGAUACCGACAACACUAUUGGUUUUCUUCCAUUUUUUCAUAUUUUUGGUAACGCCGUUGGUCUUGCUAGCAUUCUAUACGGCACAAAAUUUUUAAUACUGAAUAAAUUCAAUCCCGAAAGAUUUUUGAACAGCAUCCAGCAACAUAAGGUCACAAAAUUAGUGAUUGUGCCGCCUAUAAUUCUCUUUUUAGCAAAAAGUCCUCUAGUACAAAAGUAUGAUCUCUCAUCAGUUGAUGAUGUGAUAUCAGGGGCGGCUCCACUUACGAAGGAAUUAGAAGAAUUAGCUGAGAGAACGUUAAAGGUGAAAAGUAUAAGACAAGUUUAUGGAAUGACAGAAAUAUCUGGAGCGGUUACUAUGAAGCCAAAAUAUGUAAAGAAAUAUGGUACAUCAGGAAAAGCUACUCCCACUCAUCGGAUCAAAAUAGUUGAUGUGAAAACGGAAGAACUGUUACCACCUCACGAAGUGGGUGAAUUACGCUUUAAAGGUGAUGGUGUAAUGAAAGGUUACUUAGGAAACGCCACUGAAACUGAAGACGCAUUUGAUACAGAGGGAUUUCUGAAGAGUGGAGAUUUAGGGUACUAUGAUGAGGAAGGAUAUGUUUACAUUGUAGAUCGUCUGAAGGAAAUAAUCAAAUAUAAAGGCUUUCAGGUUCCUCCUGCUGAAUUAGAAAAUCUUUUGCUUCAACACUCCGGAGUGAAAGAUGCUGGAGUAAUAGGUAAACCAGAUGAAAGAGCAGGAGAAGUACCCAUCGCAUUCAUUGUGAAACAACCUAAUCAAAAUGUUAGUGAGGAGGAACUUAUUAAUUAUAUUGCUGAAAAUAUGUCUGCCCAAAAGCAUUUAUAUGGGGGUGUUCGAUUUGUAGAAGAAAUUCCCAAAAGUACUAGUGGAAAAAUAUUAAGACGAAAAUUAAAAGAGUUGUUAUAAAUUGAUUUCAAUACAAAGAAGGUCAGUAAUAAGGUAUUGUAAAACUUUUUAACAAAAAUCAUAAUUACGAUAGAGCAAGAAUAUUUAGAUUACUUUGGUUUAUAUACAGCAAAAAUUGCACAAAAAAAGAGAGUGUUGACAAUCUUUCACUGUGUUUAAUAUGGCCAACUUUCUUAUUACAAUAAAUGUAUCUUAAAAAUAA